AUGGAGAUGCCUGUGGUAUAAAAAGUAUUGUAGGAUAAACAUUCCUUUCUUUUAAAACCGCACCGCAAACCCGGGGGAGCAUUUAUUGAUGAGUUCAUAGAUGGCAGAGGAAGUAUUAUUAGCAGAAGAUGGGAAAUGUGUGGGGUCUCUCACCAAGUCGCUGCUGGCCGUGGCUUUCCUGGCCUCGUUCGGUAGCUCCAUGCUCUAUGGCUACAACCUGGCCGUCGUCAACUCUCCUGCAGAGUACAUCAAGGCAUUCUAUAACCAGACGAUGGUAGCAAGGAACGGGACGGGUCUGGACGACAAGACUCUUACGUUGUUCUACUCUGUCACCGUGUCUGUGUUUGCCAUCGGGGGCAUGGUGGGCAGCCUCAUGGUGGGCAUACUAGUCACCAGAUUUGGAAGGAAAGGCACCCUGGUGAGAAUCACAUGUCUGGUGUUUAUAGGUGGAGCCUUCAUGGGCUUCAGCAGGACCUUCGGCUCUCCAGAGAUGAUCAUUGUUGGACGCUUCAUCACAGGAGUACACUCAGGUAUCUCUCUGAGUGUGGUGCCAAUGUAUCUUGGGGAGAUAGCACCUAAGAACCUGCGAGGCUUCCUGGGCCUCGUGCCUAGCAUCUUUAUCUGUCUGGGAGUCUUCAUCGCUCAGAUCCUGGGGCUACAUGAACUACUGGGAAAGGAAGAGCACUGGCCCCUCUUCCUGUCUCUGGUGGUGAUCCCCACAAUGUUCCAGCUGAUGCUGUUGCCAUGGUUCCCAGAGAGCCCGCGGUACCUGCUCAUAGAGAAGAGGAAUGUCCACGCCACCAUCACAGCUCUGAAGUGGUACCGGUCCAAAGUGAACAUCCAGGCAGAGAUCGAGGAGAUGCAGGAGGAGCAGCGGUCCAUGUCCUCGGUCCAGACCGUGUCGGUCAUCGGUCUGCUGAAGGACCGGAGCGUCCGCUGGCAGGUCAUCACUAUAGUGGUGGUCAAUAUCGGCAUGCAGCUGUCCGGUAUCGACGCGAUCUGGUUCUACACCAACGCCAUCUUUAAGAACGCAGGUAUCCCAGUCCCUCAGAUCCAGUACACCACGGUUGGAACCGGAGCCAUCGAGGUUAUCGCUGGAUGCGUAGGGUGCUUCACCAUUGAACGGCUGGGCAGAAGACCUCUGAUGAUUGGUGGAUUCACCUUCAUGGGAAUUUGCUGUGCAGGGAUCACACUCUCCCUCAUGUUCCAGUCCCACUACAUCAGUGUUGCCUGUGUGGUGGGGAUCAUCGCUGGCUUCUGUAUAGGACCAGCUGGAGUGCCCUUCCUGAUUACAGCAGAGCUGUUUAAACAGUCCCAUCGUCCGGCUGCCUACACCGUGGCUGGAUGCCUCAACUGGCUGUCCAACUUCACCAUCGGCUUUGUCUUCCCCUUCCUACAGAUGUCGGCAGGGGCCUACUGCUACCUGGUGUUCUUUGGCGUGUGCACGGCAGUGGCGGCAUACGUCUUCUUCAUCGUCCCCGAGACCAAGAACAAGACAUUUGUGGAGAUCAGCCAGAUGUUCGCGGCCAGGAACGGCAUGCUGGAGGAGGAGAGCAGCGAACUGGGCGUCUUUAACAGCCUCAAACUCGGCAAGAUGAACGGCUAUGGUGCCGUCGAGCUGGAGUACGAAGUGAUAGAGAAUAAGAAGUAGAGAAGGGGAAAGGGAGAGAGAGAGAGACGUCAGUAGUCUUAAAGUGUCUCUUCAUCUGUACUGAUCUGAAAACACCCCACUGGGCACAGACGUCAGUUAAACGUCUAUUUUUGAUUUCCAUUUGGUUGAGUUGUCAACUAACGUGAAGUCAAUGUGAAAUCAACAUAAAAUGUCACCAUCAUAUUGGCUUUAGGUUAAAAGUUAGUUGAAGAAAAGCCAAAAUUCCCUUUUUGCAAAUCCAAAUCUGUUUUAAAGUUUUCUCAAUGGCGUAUAAGUUGAAUUAUGUCCAUAUUUAUGUAAAUGAAAAACAUUUUCGGACAGAAAUCUAUCUCCAUACCGUUCCAAAAUGUAACAUUUAUUGUCACCAGUUGUACAGUAACCUACAUUGACUCUAUGUGCUGUUUGGAAGUCAGCACAUCUACAACCAUUAGGUUUCACUCUCCUCUCGGUUAUACGUGCCUCUCUCUCCGUGAAUCACGCUGAAUGUCUUUUCUCAAUCUGGCUGAAAACCUUUCCCGACAAUGUACAGUACAGAGAGAAUGUAUUUAUUUAAUGACACAGCAACAGUAUCACGAUAUGAAUGCAGUGUCUGACUUGACCAUUUUCCUGAUCACUGGUUUUGACAGAAAAUGAGGUCAGAACACGUCACGUGAAUGGUAUAGUUUUAGAAACCCUUUCAGGUCUUAUAAUGCCUUAACAACAUAUCCAUAGCACAUUAUAAGGUGCUAUGAUCCCUUAUAAGGCUUCAUAAGAAGGUGCUCCAAGUGUUACAGUGUCUUUGAUCAUGUUUACCUUGCUUAGCUGAAGAGAGAACCAAUAACUUGAGUUUGCUUGUUUAUGUUUUUUUCCUUCUCUCUUUUGCGUAAGAGAGUUUGUAAAUGUGGCUACUGUAGUAGUCAUUUCAUAUUCCGAGGCAAAAUAAGUUAAAUAUUGUACGUUAUAUCGUACAUGUUAAACAGAUAUGCACAAGAAAGUGUGUAGGAGGAUAUAUACAGUACACACUGAGUGUACAAAACAUGAGGAACACCUUCCUAAUAUUGAGUUGCACCCCCUUUUGCCAUCAGAACAGCCUCAUAGUUGGGGCAUGGACUCUACAAGGUGUCGAAAGCGUUCCACAUGGA